UGGAGCCCGCGCCCCUGCCCUGCGCCCCAGAGCGCUGCAGCCUCGCCGCGCCAUGCACCUCGCCGAGAUGCGCACCUUGCCCCAGGCGCUGGCGAUGCUGCUCCGGGUCCUCCAUGCGCAGCUGAGCGCCCUGUGGCUCUGCCUGGCGCCCUUCUCCUGCUGGCUCCGGGGGGCGCUGCUGCCCGGGAGGAGCCCCCCGCUGCUGGAGGAGGGCGCUGGGGAGCCGGAUGGCGCCGAGGUGCCCACGGUUCCGACCAGCGUCAACUAUCACUUCACCCGCCAGUGCAACUACCGUUGCGGCUUCUGCUUCCACACGGCCAAGACCUCCUUCGUGCUGCCCCUCGAGGAAGCCAGGAGGGGGCUGACCAUGCUCAAGGAGGCGGGUAUGGAAAAAAUAAACUUUUCAGGAGGAGAGCCAUUUCUGCAAGAGAGAGGAGAAUUUGUGGGCAAAUUGGUCCAGUUUUGCAAGCAGGAACUAAAACUGUCAAGUGUCAGCAUUGUGAGCAAUGGCAGCAUGAUUAGAGAACGAUGGUUCAAGCGUUACGGUGACUACCUAGACAUUCUUGCAGUUUCCUGUGAUAGUUUUGAUGAGGAAGUCAAUGUUUUAAUUGGCCGUGGACAAGGAAACAAGAACCACAUUGAGAAUCUCCAAAGACUGAGAAAGUGGUGCCGAGAUUAUGCUGUGGCUUUUAAAUUAAAUUCAGUAAUUAAUAGAUUUAAUGUUCACGAAGAUAUGAAUGAACAGAUUAAGGCACUAAAUCCUGUCCGAUGGAAGGUAUUCCAAUGCCUGCUCAUUGAAGGAGAGAAUACAGGUGAAGGUGCACUGAGAGAAGCAGAGAAAUUUAUUAUCAGCGAUGAAGAUUUUGAACGAUUCCUAGAUGGCCAUAGAGAGCUCUCAUGUUUAGUUCCAGAAUCUAAUCAGAAGAUGAGAGACUCAUACCUCAUUCUGGAUGAAUAUAUGCGUUUUCUGAACUGUAGAAAUGGACGGAAAGAGCCUUCCAAAUCUAUCCUGGAUGUAGGCGUAGAACAUGCUAUAAAAUUCAGUGGAUUUGAUGAGAAGAUGUUUCUGAGUCGAGGAGGAAAAUAUGUGUGGAGUAAAGCAGAUAUGAAGCUAGAAUGGUGACUCAAAAGUACUUUUUUUAUUGCACAUGCGCUUUGUAGUACUAUAGUAAUAAUAAUAAUAAUUGUUUUUGACAUAAGUAUUGUAUGUUUGUUUGUUAUUUUUAUGCUUUAUAUAUAUAUGCCAAAGACCAUUUUUAAUUAAAAGUAGAGUAAUGUUAAUUGCAGAGAGAAUAUUGUAUGUAACUUUAAAUUUUAGCUUGCAUAAAACUAAUUUUUUUGAAAUUUAGAUUUUUUAUCUACUCUGUACUCAGAGAUUACUAAAUAAUGAUUGAAUUUAGAUAUGAGAUGAUCUCCCAAAUCUAGUACUUACCUAAUCUCUUAAAAUUCUUAGACUACACCUUCCACUAUGGUAAAAUAUAUUGUAAAAAUAUAGGUAGUUCUAGGCAUAAAGAGUAUUGCAUUAAAUAAGAAAAAGGCAUAUAGGAAAUAGUUUUAAAAUAAUAAAUCAAUGACCAAGAAAAACAAAAACAACAAAUGGAACAUCAUAAUAUGCUUCUUUAAUUACCAGUUAGGUAGAUUUCUUACCAUGAAGCUUGUUCUGCCUAGUUCUUAAGAAAUAACAAGUUACAAUUCCAGGCUACGUCACUGGGGGCAAAUCAGUAGCUCUUUGAAGACAAUGCUGACUUUUUCUUGAGUAAGAACUGUUGAAUUGGGCUAGUUACCAUAAUAUAUGACUGAGGCAUAGGCUAAAUUAAGUUAAAUGGAAACCAGCGCCGAGUGAAACCUCCAAUUUUCACUUUGCAAACAUUUAUUUGUGAAAGCGCAUAUUUCCUCCAAUAUUUGUAAAUGUCAUGCAGAGUGCAGUUUUUGUGUGUUUACCAGAGAACACUACUUUUGUCAGGGGAGAAUAUGAAAUUUUUCCCAAAACAUAAUCAUGUUUUUACCCUUGAUGGAAACUAUUAUUUCACUAGAAACUGACAGUGUUUCCCAUGGGAAAUAGCCUUUUGUUUUAACAAAAAGUAUUCAAGGUGAAAACCAAAUAUUUUGCUUUUUACAUGAAUCCACUAAGAUCUUACUUUUUAAAUGAUUUCCCCCUCACCCCAUCCAGCUCUUCUGGGGGAGCUCUAUUAGAGAGAGUGGACAGAAUUCUGUAAUGGCUGCCUUGUGUUAAAGACAUGUUAGCAUUAUUAGCUGUAUAUUUUGAUAAGCCAGGAAGUCAGAAACCACAAAGUUCACAUACCAUAUGUCUUCAUUUAGAAGCCAGCUUGGCUUAGUAAUCACCCUUAUUUAGUAGCUGCACCAAUAACAUACAAACUGUAAGUGAAACCAAUUAAAUUUAAUAACAGCCACCUUUAAUUUAAAGGAGUAGCAUCAACUUGAAAUACAGUAAACUCAAAAACACGAGUGAGAAGUAAUUUCAGUUAUUACACUUGUGCCUGAGCCCCGCUACAAACUGUUAUGGUUUUACAGUUGUUUUUCUAUUUUUUUUUUAAUUCUCUUCUUUAUUUUUUGUGUGAAAAACUCUACAAAUGGGGAACUCACUGAGGACCCUAUCCUGCAGACACUUAUGUGUGAGUAACUUUACUCAUUCAGAUAGUCCCGUUGAACUUAGGCCUGGCCUUGGAAUCUAUGAAAGGGAGAAGUAAUUAAAUGUAAUAGAAGCCACAGCUUCUAGAUAGAGUUUUAUGCUAUUACGCCCUGCUGAAAAAAUGGGAAAAUACUUUUAAAUAGUAAUUCCUUAGGUCUGUAUUUUAUUGUCCUAACCAUAAUGACAUAGAGCCCUUAAAGAACAAAAGAGUGCCGAGAGAAUUCUGCAAUCAUUAUGGUGUCUAUAAAUAGAUUUUUAUUUUUAAUUUUUUUUUCUCAAGGCAUUUUAACUGCUCCAGAUAGAAUUAAAAAGCUUGAUCCCACAAUCUUUAGGCAAAAUUCCCCUUGACCUCAGUUGGAGUUUUCCCUGUGUAAAGACUGUGGGACAACACCCAAAGUAUAUACUUGUGUCCUUGAAUAUGAUUUUUUCUUAUGGCUAAAAUCUUGGAUCCAACAUAUAUCCUCUGCAGCCAGGCUGUGAGCUGAGGAGUUGGAAUUUUCUGUGAUUGCUGGUCCAGCCCCAGCUUGAGGAAUGGCUAGUGUAUCCUUCAGAGUAGCAGCCGUGUUAGUCUGUAUCCACAAAAAGAAAAGGAGUACUUGUGGCACCUUAGAGACUAGCAAAUUUAUCUGAGCGUACGUGAGCUACAGUAUCCUUGUAUCAUUAAAUCCAUCAGCCUACUGCUAACCCAAAAUGCCUGCUGCAUAGCAGCCUGCAGGGAGCCUCCUCAGCUAUGAGCCACACACACAGAAGUAUUCAAUCCCUAUGCAGGCUCUUUUAAUCUUGCCACCCUUCCUGCUGCUCUGUCAUUUGCACAAGAGAAAUGCAACAGUUUUGCUACAGGAAUAAAAGAGUUAGAGAGAAGAAGCUAAAAGUGAAUAGAAAAGCAACUACAAAAAUUCAUACAUUUAGAAACAUUUAAAAGAAUGAUAAAGAACCAAAAUUUUCAGAGAAUGCUGUGAAGAGAGUUCUGAUUUGUGUUCUUACUUUUCACAUGGAAUUCAGUCCUGUGGGAUUUUCAUUGUCUUUACUACAGUGUGCAAUAAAAAAACCCAAAACUACUGUAUGUGAUAUUGCUUCAAAGGAGAUGAAAAUUGUCUGCACCAAUGAGAACUUGCUUUAAUUUUUAACAUACUUUGAAGGCCAAACCUUAGCAGUGAAUAGACACUUUUAACAAAAUGAAGGGUUUUUAUCUAUAGCUAUAAGUUUCAGUAUUAAUCUAGAAUGAUGUGCUAGAUACAGUAUAUGGAUAUGGUUCCUAUUAGAACAAGUUGUAUACUUUAGGCCCUGAUCCUACAAAGAUUUAUACACACACUUGAGUUUAAAUAUGUGACUUUAGGUUUCAAUCCUGCAAACACAUAUGUGCUUAACUUUAUUAGCAUGAGUAGUCUCAUGGUAGUCAAGAACAUGCAUAUGUGUUUGCAGGAUCAGGCAUUAGUUUGCACAGUAACUUGUUAGCACUUUUAUUGCUUUUCGUAAUCGGAAAAGUGACAGGUAAUAAGAGCUCAAUGCACUUGAACUCAGUGAGAAUUUUUCCUGAGUAAGUAAUGUAGGAUAUGCCCUAUUUGAUGUGCUUUGCUUUCAUUAUAAAGUGUAACUGUAAUAUUUUAGUAUGUUGCACAAAUAUGAUGAUGAAUUUAUUUAUUAUUACUACUGAAAAUUUUUAAAAAUGUUUUGUAAAAAAUUAAUAUAUUCUGCAUUGUAAUAAAGACUUUUAACUUUCUUAAA